AUGGCUAGUUCCUCUGCCGGCCCAAGCCCCGGUGCGACCGCCACUGCCUCACUGAAAGUCUCGACCUCCGACCUCGCGAGUUCUAUAUCCUCAGACCCAAAGGAUUCCUUCCCCAAUGUGUUUGCUACGGCUAGAAUGGUUGAAUUGAUGGAGAUUGCAAGCGCCAGAGUCCUCCAACCACAUCUUGCACCUGGCGAGCUCUCUGUUGGCGUUACCGUUGAUGUUGGCCAUACUGCCCCGACACCCGUGGACGCACAAGUCAGCGCAGAGGCAACUUAUAGGGAGAGAGACGGGAAGCUUUUUGUUUUCGAUGUUGUCGCGAAAGAUGAGGGUGGAGAGAUUGGGACGGCUUUGCAUAAAAGGGCCAUCGUUGAUCCUGCCAACUCGGCCAGUGUCUGUCUUUCUCGUAAUCCGGAGGCUUUAAUUCGAUGUCCGAAGCUUGAACCUCGAGCCGUGCCUCGCUUCCCCAGAAUCCUUACUUCCGAGGUGCCGAUUCACCGAGACGACUUCUCGGCGUUCCCUCUGAGAAGCAACGGCAGGCAGACAAGCCCCAUUUCUAAGGAUCCUGUUGCUCUUGAUUACCUCGGAACCAUGAGUUUGUGGAAGAUUGCGGCAUCAAUUACAAAAAUUCAAAUAGCGUAUAGGCCCAUUGAAGACUUCAACAUCAUGGCGGUAGCUUAUCGAAGGACUGGGACGCUAAUACUAGAAGCCGUCAAUGACGCUUUGCAGGCUAUCAAGGUGGUUGGCACCUCGUCUGCUCGCCACCUUCGAAGUUCCUGGCUCUACGUCCCAGCAGGCAUCAUGUCGAUGCUCGCCGUCUGUUUUGGCAUGCGGAUAUUCUUUUCAACUUUGGGCAUAUCAUUUCCUCCAUCCGUGGCAUGUAUGAUCAUUUUCUUCAUUCUGCUGCUAUGCUCCGAGGCUCUGCUAGGCACGCGUCCAACGAACGCCGUCGUGGGGCUUAUUAAAGUGCCGGGAGAUUGGGCAUUGAAAUGGAUAAAUAUUUUCUUCGCUCCUGCAUUUAUAAUGCUUCCUACCAGUCCUCCAAUUGCCAUUUCUGAGGUAAUGAAGAUCAUCGCCGUGUUCUUGAUUGGGUGGGUCGUCAUGAUGACAUUCGCUGCGAAUUUAACUCAAGGCCUUCGCUGGAUUCUUCACUACUUUCAGCGGGCUCCUGCAACGCGAAGAGAUGAGGACAUUGAGGAGCCUGAAGAAGUUCCACCUGUCCAAGAUUUUCGACCCAACCAUGUCACUGGCCCAACGCGUAUGCCAAUGGCACUCAUAAUCCCUUCCACAAUUCGUUCAAUCUCUUCGAUUUCACUAGGAGGUUUGGCGGGGAACAUACCUCAAACGGUUGAUGCUGGGGAAAACUCUCACACGGCAAUUGCUAGCCCAAUGCCAUCUACUGACCCUCUUCCAUUACCAAGAGCACAGAUCUGGGCGAUCUCAAUUACAAGAAAUCUCAACUUCACUAUCUGGAGUGCGGUAUUCAUCUUCAUUGGCGUCCCAGUUUUCUACACAAAAGGCUAUGCCAUGCCUGUUCAUCUUAGCCUCUGUGUGCUGGCAUAUCUUAUCUCAAUGAGAGUUCCGCCGCGCUAUCGACAAUACCUACACCCCGUAAUAGUAUCGGCCUUAGUAACCGUUCUAGGUAUCUGGGCCCUAGCAGCCAGCCGCGGCGACAGUCUGCAAACAGGGCUUCAUCAGUUCAAGCCCGGCGUCGACUACCUCUACCUCUGGGGAAACCCCGGCACCUCCAGUCGUCCCGGUGCCGGGGACAUUCUUUCUACGGCCUUGGAUGCAAGUAUUGUUGCUCUGUCUCUGCCAAUGUACCAAUAUAGGCGCGAGCUCAGACAGCACUUCCUUUUGAUCAUGAUCCCUAACGCAUUGAUGUCUGUUGGCUCACUUUUCGCGUACCCCUCGGUGUGUUUCGCCAUCGGGAUCGGGCCUCAGCGCUCUCUUGCCAUGGCAUCACGGAGCAUCACGCUGGCGCUUGCGUUGCCUGCAACCCGAAAUCUUGGAGGAGAUGUCAACACGGUUGCAUCCGUGGGUGUCAUGAGUGGGAUUUUGGGGGUUUUGAUGGGACAACGCCUUUUAACUUGGCUCAGAAUCCGGGAAGGCGAGUUGCAAAGUGCGAAUGUCUGCUAA